AUGAGCGGUGGAGGUCUCCCGUUAGCUGAGAAGGCUUUGUCUGAAGGAUAUGCCAGGUUGAGGUACAGAGACACUUUGCUUCUCAUCUGGCAACAGCAGAAGUUGGAGAGCGACCCUCCUGGUCCAUAUCUGAAUGGCAGCCAGAGCAUGUGGUACUCGCAGUACGGGAACCAGUCCAUAUUAAUCCGGGACAAAAACACAAUCCGUAUUUCAAGAUACACCGGCCAGACUAAGUUUUGCACAGUAAUGUGA